GGGCUUUAGUUGAUGCGGGACAUGUGACGCUAGUGCCGACAUACAUGUGCCUAGCUAUUCGUGUGUGAGUGAGUGUGUGCCUAACUGUGGUGAAUGUUUCUCCUUGCCUGCGGCCAAGGAUAACUUCUAUCUUCAUCCACUAAUUUUGAGUCAGAAGGUUUUACAAAGCCACUCCAGUCCAUCCAAGAGUUCUCCAAGUCCAUCAGUCCCGUUGCACCCUAACUUGCACCCAGCCACACCGCCUCGAGGUUGAACUCGGCGUUUAAGUUUGUUCAAAUCAAACAAAACCCGUCACUUUUCUCUGUAAUUAAACCAUUGAUCAACUGCGGUAGUUACUCAAUUGUUUGUAUGAGUGCCUGGACGUGGAAGAAGAGGUCAAACUAAGAUGGUCUCCCGCAGAAAAAUUUUGUCCCGAUCCCGCGACGAUCUGAACCUGGAGCAGCCUCAGGUCGAGGACGAGGAGAACGUCUGGUACACCACAGAGACUUGCUUCGAGGAGCACAUUCAUGAAGUGUUCCUGAAGUGGUCGCAGAUCGACGAUGAGAUCUGGUCCAAGGUGAUCGUGUUCGAGAAGAACAGGCGCGUGGCCAAGGCCUACCUCAGAUCACCUGUACUUACCGUCAACGGCACCAACAUUGGAUUUGAUGGCUUCAGGUUGGGACUGGCUGGCUUCGAGAAUCCCAUGAGGGAACCGAAGACGGAAGAAGUCAUCUCUCGGCAAAUUGGGCUGGGCUGCAAGCUUCGCAUGGACGAGGAUGGCAACAUUCUCGUCAAGCGGAUCUCGAACUCGAACGUGUACGUCAAGGCCGUCGACGACGAGAACAGCAUCAGCAACGACGUGUUGCGCCUUCCUAACCAGGCGCUGGAGCUCAGUAAACCGAUCAAGGCUUUCGACAUCCGCAAGUUUGAAGCGAACAUAGACAAGGAGAUGCGCAAGAUUUACCCCAACCGCUCUAAACUGGAGGCGCAGUGCAUCCUUCCUAUCGCCUUCUCAAAGAACGCUCCUCAGCUUCUGCAGUGUCCCUCCUGGGUCAUGAUCAUCAAUGUCGUCGCGCUCGACAUGCUCAAGAGCAAGCUGCCUAAUGCUCGCGCCCCACCGCCCAAUAUUCGCAACCGCCCCCGACUGCCGGUGCCUGAAGAGGAUCCCUACAGCGUGACCGGCUCCAGCAGCAGCAACGGCAGCAAGCCUGGCAAGCCUCCCAAACUCCCACCGAGGGAAGGCGGUAAAUCAAACUCCAAGGGCGAAUACGUUUAUAUCGAAGACAGCAUUCUUCGUCCCUUCCGAUCUUCCAGGAAAAACGGGAGCAAAGAUGCUGCUCCUAAAAAUGACGACCCUUACUACUGCGGUCUGCGCGCUCGCACCACAAACUUCAAAGGUAGCGACAAAGAUCGAGCCGACAUGGUGCGAGGCCAGUAUAUGGCUUACCAACAACAGCAUCAGCAGCAACAGCAGCAAGCACCCAUCCUGCCUGCACAUCCUCAUCCAGGCCUGUACCACGCGCGCAGCUACGAGUCCGCAAUGGGAAAACCUUUCAUGCCCCUGAAGCCCAUGCCGAAGAUGAACAAAUUAGACCGUAACCCAAUGUCUUGGGUUCCGAGCCAUCAGCAAAACUACGAUUCUUCAGAUUACGGCGAGUCUGUCUACGCCCCCCUCUACGGCCGCCUUCCUCCCCCCAAGAGAGGCUACCUCCCCCCUCCCCCACCUCGACCCCAGCACAUGUACGGCAGACCCUGGGAGUGAUGGCAGCUGCAUCACCUCAUCAAUCUUAUUCUUUUCUACAAUUAUCAAGUGGUUGAAAAUUUUCACUGCCACGCCCGAAGGCUAAAUUUUAAUCCUUAUUUUCAACUCAGGCGGCUCUAAUUUGAAGCAAAUUGUGGUUAUUAAAAUAGCAUAAAGAGAUGUAUUUUGGAAACUAACCAACUUGGCAAAAAUAAUUUACAUUACAUAACAAAAAGUAGGUAACUAUUUACGACUCAGGACUGACACUUGUGUCGCAAUCAGGAUCAAAUAUACCACUGUCAAAUUUUGCGACUGAAAAGAUCUGCAUAGAAAUUAGGCUUAUUAAAGAAGCACGCGUGACCGAGGCGAUACCCUUUCGUAUCGUUAGGCGUCUCUCGUCAGCACAAUACUCCCUUACGUUAAUGUAUAUUUUUAUUACAUCUCACUUGCAAGUUCGCUGGGUCACCUUAAUUUUAAUCUUUCAUUUUCCUGAUGCUUUUUAUGGAGUAAUUUUUACUGCUAAGCGAUGAUGAGGAACUCGUUUUGCGACGAGUCUUAUAUUCGUUGCAUCACGGGUCGUGAACACACGCUAAGCAACAACGAAGAACAGGCAGUUCACGUUUGUAUAUACGACUUGGCAAUAAUUCAUGUCUUAAUGUUAGAAUUAGUUUUUUCAUAGCUAGGCAAUAGAUACAUUUGUUUUGUACCAUAAUUCUUAGCAGUUAAUGUGUGCUCUUGAUUGAAGUAUGUACGAAUUAUGGUUACGAACGCAGAAAAAUAUAGCCGCGUCGAUGAGCUAAGAAAACAAGUUUCCCUUGUACAAGUUUCAAUAAUAACUUUCAAGUGAGAAUAUCAUUCCAAGUUGGAUUUAAGGCGUGAUGACACUGAGAGAGCACCGUACAUUGGACGCUGAGGUAUCCUUGUCUCAUAUAAUUUAAAGCUAAGUUAUACAUGAAGUAGAAGGAUAUUUUGCCUCUUGAUGUUGAUAUGACGUACUACUAGUAAAUAAACUUAUGAUUUAUAAACCUGC